GCUGGACGAAGCGAGGCGGAGGGUGACGCGGGUGGCGACGCUGAGGCGCAGGAGGAGCAGGGCAGCGACAACGAGGACGAGCGGGCGGAGCAGGGCGACAACGAGGACGAGCAGGAGCAGGGCGACAACGAGGACGAGCAGGAGCAGGGCAGCGACAACGAGGUCGAGCAGGAGCAGGGCAGCGACAACGAGGACGAGCAGGAGCAGGGCAGCGACAACGAGGACGAGGAGCAGGAGCAGGGCAGCGACAACGAGGACGAGGAGCAGGAGCAGGGCAGCGACAACAAGGACGAGCAGGCAGAGCAGGGCAGCGAGGACGAGGACGAGGAUUGGCAGCCUGGGCCGCGCGACGGCAGCAGCGACUCGGAAACGUGCUCGGACUCGGAGGAGGACGGCAAGCUCUCUGCUUGUGAGGACGGUAGCGGGGACCACUACAACGAGACGCAGGAGGGCUGCACCUACGCGGAGGGCACGGCGGCUGACCUUUGCGUUGAGACUCAGGUUGAUUGCCCUGACAGCGAGAGCUCCAACGGCGAUGACGCGGCAGAGCUUUGCGAGAUCUAUGGCAACAAGCCCGAUGAGACGGAGGAGCAGCAGAGUGUGGCGAGCUACACGCAGGAGGACGACCUGUCUGCGGUCAAGGACGGUAGCGAGAGUGAAGAGGUGAUCCCGGUGCCCGCAGGCAUGUUGCUUGGCGCCCUCACUUCGGGUGGCUCCGACUCUGACAGCGAUGGGGACACGCUGCCUUGGGGAGCUCAGGCGGGCGCUGAGGCUGAGACGACGGCGUGCGAGGACAAGCCUAAGCUCAUUCGUAAGAACGCUGCUUGCUUCGACGAUGACCUGACGCCGGUGGGGUUUGCGGGGACGAAGGGGGUGUCUAUCAAGAAGCGGCCCUCCGAGACUACGAACCACAACCAGCCAGCGAAGAAGCCGUGCCUGUCUACAACACGAGUGACUGGCGAGGUUGAAAAGAAACCCAAGGGCAAGAAGGAGGCUGACAAGGGCGCAAAGACUGCAAAGGCCGUUGCGCCCAAGGCAUCUUUCAAGAGGCCUGGGGCCAAAGCGGUUGCCAAGAAGCGGAACGACACAAUGAUCGAGCCCGACCUGAACCCUGCUUCGCCUUUUUACGGAGAGUACUCGCUGGCAUUCAUCCCAAAGAGCGCGUGGCCAAGCUUGCAGCGUACUCACCGGGGUGUUCACAGUUACACAGUUGAGUACAAAGGGGCGUUGCUGGACGUUUUGCUCCGGUCUGCCGCUUUCUACGUGAAGCGGGCUGUGAAAGAGGGGCGGAGUGGCAGCGUUGCCUUUUCCAAGUGGGGCGGGCCAGAACAGGCCUGGAAAAUUGCUUUGAGGUUGGCUGGCGUGCCGAAUGAGGAGGAUUAG